GGACAAUUUCCUAGGACACAAGACUUGGCUGGCCACAGGGAGGAGACAGGUUGCGGAAAAGUAAGGUCUCGCACGACCUGGACGGCGGUUAUUCGGACAAAGUAGCAGAGCAAGACAACAGACGAAGCAAGCAAAGCAGAGCAGCGACGCAAGGCUCCUCCGCUGCGUCGACAGAUAUAUACCUUCGCUUCAUCGCUAGGUCGGCGAAGCUUCCCCCGAUCGCACUUCUUCUCGCUCGCCCUGUUUCCUCCCCCCAACCAAAAAAUUAGGGCUUUUCUCGUCCUUCUUGCAGUCCUCCCCCCUGCGAGAGAACACAAGUGAUCGCCCCCUCCGAUCCAAUUUCCGAUUUUGAGGAGAUGGGUCUCUGGGAUUCCCUUCUCAUCUGGCUCAGGAGCUUGUUUUUCAAACAAGAAAUGGAACUGUCCCUCGUAGGUCUUCAGAAUGCUGGAAAAACUUCUCUUGUAAAUGCUAUUGCUACAGGAGGCUACAGUGAAGACAUGAUACCAACUGUUGGUUUCAAUAUGCGAAAAGUUACAAAAGGAAAUGUGACAAUAAAACUUUGGGACCUUGGAGGGCAGCGGAGGUUCCGCACCAUGUGGGAGCGUUACUGCCGCGGGGUCUCUGCAAUUGUAUAUGUAGUCGAUGCUGCUGAUAGAGACAGUGUACCUAUAGCACGAAGUGAGCUGCACGAUCUCUUGAUUAAGCCUUCCUUGACUGGGAUUCCUCUUCUGAUGCUCGGUAACAAAAUUGACAAGUCAGAAGCUCUUUCGAAGCAGGCAUUGGUAGAUCAACUAGGGCUUGAAUCAAUCAAAGACAGAGAGGUGUGUUGCUAUAUGAUCUCAUGCAAGGAUUCCGUCAACAUAGAUGCUGUGAUUGAUUGGCUCAUUAAGCACUCUAAAACUGCAAAGUGAGCAACUGUUUGGCCUAAACCUUUUUGGGUUCGAUGGAAGAGUGGUUUUUGCUAGAUGAUUUGAGCUCGGGAGUGGAACCACGAACAAAAGCCUCUCUCUCGCGGUGGAACAUGUUCUCUCUCUCUCUCUUUUUUUAAAAUUAUCAUUUGUUAUCUGCGUUCCCUAAUAAGAGUUUCCGUACAGAAUCUGAACUGUAGAAGCAAGUUCUCCUUGUAUCGUUUUCCGAUAUUUAAAUCAACAUCACUGUGAAAUGAUAUGUUUUCGUUGGGCUUGUGGGAUCCGAUGCUCCCGCAUCACUAGCAAAGUCAAUUUACC